UUAGCUGAAAGUCACGAGAUUCGACUUACGUGAAAAUUCGAGAUACGCGGUUUUUUUGCGGCCGUUAAUAGUCCCCAUCAACCGUGUAUCUCGGGGACCGCAUGUACAGUGACGUAGUUAUACUGAAUACAGUGCAGUUGCUGCUUUGUGUGAUUAUGGUCCAAGUUCUCCUUACGUAUGAUUGACUAUCCUGCUGUGAGGAUUUAUAAGUCACUGAUCGCUAGCCCCAUUAGUGGCACAUGCAUGCCUAGACAAACAACGGUUGUUGCGGAAAGGGAUGAGAAAAAAGUAGGCAAACUGUGGUCGAGUAUAGCCUAGGUUCUGGUAACAUGUGAGUGUUGUUUGUUUACACAUGCUUCUUCAAAUGAGGGAUAAUGGCACUGAAAAUAAUAAUAACAGACCUAUCAUUAAGGUUAAACAAAUGUCUGCAAUAUUUCCAAUUUCAUUUCAGAAAGACAAAACGGAAACGAACAUUCAUUACUCUUCCACGCAAAAUAAGCAAAAAAAUGAACCUGGUCAAAUUGAUGAUCAACGUCAUGAUAUUAUUAUUCUGUAUCAAAUUGCACGCUGCAAAUAUUCAAACGAUCACAGAAGAUGUAAAUGAAAACGACAAAAAAAGACUCACCGUCAAUUCGAAUUACAUCCCCUCGUUUACCAAGUUUCCAUGGGCUCCCAUUGUACUCAAUGAAACAUACGACCAAUUCUACAGUUCAUUAGCUCAGUUUGAGGUGAACACGAAUUUAAAUGACGGAACAAGUGUUGUAUUUGAUAUCGUUCAAGACAAUGAUUCCACAGCUAACAUACAAACUACAUUUAUCUUAGAGCAGGUCAAUAACACCGCACACAUAAUACUGGGAGGCAAACUUGACUAUGAAAAGGUGCAAGAAUAUAGAAUCACGGUACGAGCAAUGAAUUUCAGAGGCUUGAAAGCAGAUGCAACAAUGUUCGUCAAGGUCUUAGACGAAAACGAUAACAUUCCAGAGUUUAUAGGAGACUCGAAUGGAGUUAUCCUCGAGCACGAGCCAGUAGGCACGUUCGUAAUGCAAGUAAAGGCACAUGAUAAUGACGGGACAUCGGCCCACAACAUCGUAUCGUAUCGGCUCGAGGGUACUGCUCGACAGUAUUUCCACAUUGACAGUAAAACUGGCAACAUUACGUCAUUGGUGGAGUUCGAUCGUGAGGCGAAAGAUAUUUAUCCUGUAACUGUGGUUGCCGAAGAUAACUCACCGUCCGUGCUGUUCAAUAAUGGAAAGCCAAACCGUGCGGUAAAACAGUUGUUUAUAAGAGUUUUGGACAAAAACGAUCAUCCCACACGGUUCGAGGAACAAUACUACGAGGUGAACAACAUACCAGAAGACGCUGACAUCAAUACAAGUGUUAUCAAGGUGAAGGCAACGGAUCAGGAUAAAGAUCCCAAGAUUAAAUACAGCAUUAUAGAGAAUAACAUUGGAAAGGCGUUUAAGAUCGAUGAGGACACCGGUCUUAUUUCAGUUAACAAAAAGCUCGACUAUGAAUCGAUUCAAGAAUACGAUUUAGUCGUGCAGGCAUAUGACGGCUGUUUUAAAAGCACAACCAACGUAUGGAUUCAAAUAAAAAAUCUGAAUGACUUUGCACCGCAAAUUUUGACCUUAACAAACGUCACGAUCAAGGAAAACACCAUUCCUUUGGAUUGUAUUGCAAAUUUGUGGGCCUAUGAUCCAGACAUCGAGAAUUUCGAGUACCCACAAAACAUACAAUAUGCACUUCCCAAAGAACACCAGCACCUCUUAAGCAUCGACGACAAAGGAUGUCUUAAACUGCUCCAGCCUCUUGAUCGUGAUCCUCCACAUGGGCAAGAAGUGAUACAAAUCAAUAUUACCAUUACAGAUGAAAAUGGUAAGGGAAGAACGGUGAUGGAAACAGUUUACAUCUUCGUUGAAGACAUUAACGACAACGCGCCCCAGCUUACCAAUAGAAUGCCAGUUGUGUGGAGUGAGAACCGCCCUUCAGCCAUGAUCACGAAGCUGACUGCAGAAGACGCUGAUGGAGAGCACAAUGGACCGCCGUUUUUCUACAGUGUUGAUCCCGAUGCCCCAACCGAAAUCAAAAAUCGCUUCCAGACUGUAGGUGAUGAGCUGUAUUCAUUGGUGGAGUUUGAUCGGGAGAAGCAGAAACAAUACUUGGUACCGAUACUGAUUCGAGACUCGGGUCACAAACCGAUGAGCGCCGUCAGCAAACUGUUGGUGGUGAUUGGUGACAAAAAUGACAACGAAAUGCAAAUGGGCCAGAGCCGCAUUCUCGUCAACAAUUACGAAGGCAAGCUUGCAGAUACGCAGAUAGGACGAGUGUAUGUCAGCGAUCCAGAUGAUUGGGAUGUAUCAGACAAGAUGUUUCUUUGGGAUGAGAUGACGCCCGAGACGAAUAGGAAGCUCUUCAAGCUCAACAUCAACACCGGUAUGAUCACGAUGAUAAAAGGCACACCCGAAGGAAUAUACAAUCUAGCGUUCACUGUGAUUGAAGAAUCAUCCUAUUUUCCACGCCACAACGUAUCUGCUCGAGUGACGGUGACAGUGAAGAACAUCUCGGCGAAAACAGUCAACCAGAGUGCAUCGAUUCGCUUUUACAAUGUAACGGCUGAGACAUUCAUAUCUCAGACAGUGAGUGAGCUCAACACACCCAUGAAUCGACUUCAGCAAAGCAUUGCAAGCAUUCUGGAUACCAGCCCAGAUCAGGUGGACAUAUUCACGAUCAACAAUCGUAAGCUUGCCCGGGGUGCAUUCUUGGACGUGUUUUUUGCGGUAGAUGAUACUAUUUACACAUCGCCAGAGGUCUUAAAUUCAGUGUUAAGUUUGCAUCUACGCCAAUUGGAGGAAGACGUCGGGUAUCGGAUUGUGACGGUUGGUAUCGAUGAGUGCAUCGAGAAAGGACAUACAUGUACACAGACAUGCAAAAACAAGGUCCUUAAAACAGCAAAACCAAUCGUAGUGCACACCAGCACUAGCUCGUUUGUGGGAAUGACCACCUUGGUGCAAGCUGAAUGCAUCCCACAGAUAGAAUCUUCGCUGGUAGCAUGCUUCAACGGUGGCACUUUCCAGAAUGGUAAAUGUAAAUGUCCCAUGGGGUUCGAAGGACCUCAGUGUGAGAAAUUAGACAUCUGUUUUGAUGGAAGUGGGUAUGCAAUCUAUCCAUCGAUCAACAGUGGCAACGUAAACAACAUCAGCAUUGAGUUAUUGCCCCGACAAAAGAACGGGUUGGUAUUCUACAUGGGUCCUCUGAAGUAUGACCCAUCUUUGAAGGCACCACCUUUUCUGGCAUUGGAAAUCAACGAUGUUUUUGCUGCUUUCAUUUCAACAGAAGACAACAAACAUGACCUAGUUGAUUAUUCCCUAGUGUGUUCCACUAAAACAGGCCUGGACGAGGAGAAGGAUGAACCACGAGCUUGCUGAGCUGUACGGCGAAUCGAGUAUCCUGACGGUGGUACUAGGCGCAUGGGAGUACUGCGAACGCGAUGGCUGGAUCAGGUGAAGCGAGACCUGUCGGAGAUCGUGUGUCUACAUGGAUGGUAGACAGCUGCCAGGGUCCGAGCAUUCUGUAGAAUGAUGGUUGACCGAGCCAUGUCACUUCGACGUGCUCUAUCGUGAGCAGGCCAACAAUAGAGAGUUCGUUAAGUUCAUAUGUAAGAAGAUAGGGAAUGAAGCAGGAAAGCGCAUUUGAGUGGCAAGGUUUGAUUUAUGUUAAUAAUUUCUUGGAUAUUUUCGCUAAUCUCUGCAUAGCAUAGAAGAAGUCCGUACCACAUAUUACUAGUCCAUAACGGAAUGGUCCUAGAUUCAUAGCGGUGCCAUUAGACAUAAAUGGUGGUUGAUUUCGGAGAAUAUGCGUUUAGUAAGGACCAGUGGUAUAUUUAUUUUGCUUAGUGUGUAGGAUGUAUAUUUGUUGAUGAAAAGGUAUUCGUUCAACCAAAUUUCGUUAUCCUUCACGAAAGUUCGCGUGCUAAACAAAGAUUUUUCAUACUUCGGUGGAAUGUACAUUGAAAGCGCAGUUAUUUAUUCAGAAAAUAAAAAGCACUUACUUACUUCAAAUAUA